AUGCGUACCCAGCCCCCGCGCAGCCAACCCCCGCGCAGCCGCGGGCGGACCGGUGCUGGGGCGCCCCCUGCGGGGCCGGGGGGCGCUGGCCGAGCAGCGGCGUUUGUUGAGCAGGGCUGUGGCCGGAGAGGGCGGGCGGCGGCUCAGGGGGGGUGGUGCGCUGCCUCCCGCCUCUGCCGGAAGGGUCGGCGGGAACCUUUCUUGACCACUGAUCUGCUUCGUUACGCGUCGUUACUGGACACCACAGCAGUAGCAGUGUUCGGGACACGCUGCCUGUCCGAACUGACCGAGUCUCCACAGGCCAGCACCAGCUACUCCUCACGCUCUGGGGCCGGUCCCUGGUGUGACCCCACACGCCCUGCCCGAGGGGAAGCGCUGCGGCCGCUAGCGGGAGGAGGCCGGCCGGGCUGCAGCCCCUCUCUUCGCGCCGAACCCGGUCCUGAUCCCUCCAAGCCGGACGGCGCCUCGGCCCGCCGCCUGCGUCCCGGCGGGGCGGAGCGGAGAUACCGCCGGCGGCGCUGUAGCGCGGAGCGGUCCGCGGGCAGCGGGGGGCGGGCGGCAACUCCUCCUUCCCGCCGCCGCGCCGGGGUGUGCUUGGCCGCGGCAGCCGGGGGUGUGCUGCGCUGCGCUGCCCUGCCGUGCCCUGCCCUCCACCCCGCAAUGGACUGGCAGGUGCUGACCAGGGAGCUGUCCCUCUACCUGGAGAACCAAGUCCGCGUGGGGCUCUUCGGCUCUGGCGUGGGCUUGUCCCUGGUCCUGGGCUUCGGUGUCGCAUACGCCUGCUACUAUCUCAGCAGCAUCGCCAAGAAACCCCAGCUGGUGGCCAGCAACGACCGUUUCUGUCGCUUUCUGGAGGAGCAUUGCCCUGUUGUGACAGAAACUUACUACCCCACGAUUUGGUGCUGGGAAGGUCGGGUGCAGACCCUGCUGCGCCCCUUCAUCACCUCCCGACCCCAAGUACAGUACAGGAAUGAGCUCAUUAAAACAGCAGAUGGAGGACAGAUUUCCCUGGACUGGUUUGAUAAUAAUGGCAGCUUAUAUUAUCCGGAUGCCAGCACCAGACCCACUGUCCUGCUGCUGCCUGGCCUGACAGGAACAAGCAAGGAAUCCUACAUUCUUCACAUGAUCCAUCAAAGUGAAACGCUGGGAUACAGGUGUGUGGUCUUUAACAACCGGGGGAUUGCUGGUGAGGAGCUCUUGACACCAAGGACUUACUGUGCAGCUAACACAGAGGAUUUGGAGGCUGUUAUCCAUCAUGUACAUGGUUUGCACCCCUCAGCUCCGUUCAUGGCAGCCGGUGUCUCCAUGGGAGGCAUGCUCCUUUUAAAUUACCUGGGCAAAACUGGCAGAGACACUCCCCUGAUGGCAGCUGCAAUCUUCUCUGCAGGCUGGAAUGUGUUUGAAUCUGUAGAAUCUCUGGAGAAGCCACUGAACUGGCUUUUGUUCAACUAUUACUUGACUACUUGUCUACAAUCCUCCAUCAGCAGGCAUCGUCAAAUGCUGGAGCAGUUAUUUGAUAUGGACCUGGUGAUGAAGGCUAGAACUAUAAGAGAAUUUGAUAAGCAGUUCACCUCAGUCAUGUUUGGCUACCCUACCAUUGAUGAUUACUACGAAGAUGCCAGCCCCUGUCGCAAGCUCAAGUCCGUAGGGAUCCCAGUGCUGUGUCUCAACUCUGUGGAUGAUGUCUUCUCACCAGGCCAUGCCAUCCCAGUGGAAGCUGCCAAGCAAAAUGCAAAUGUGGCUCUGGUCCUGACGUCCUGUGGAGGCCACAUUGGGUUCCUGGAAGGGAUAUGGCCCAGGAAGUGCACUUACAUGGACAGAGUCUUCAAGCAGUUUGUGCAGGCUGUGUUUGAGCAUGGGAACAAAAUCUUUAGCAUGUAGCUUUGGACCACUACUCUAGCCCAGAGGCACAUUCUGACAAGGGCAGUUAAGCUUAAUGCACAGAUUUUAACUCCUGUAAGCCAGCAAAUGGAUGAAGUCCAUUACUACAUGCAAAAAUAUUUUUUGCCUAAGAUUUUGUAGCAAGGAACUAAACUAUUCUGUUGUCACUUUUAUAUUUAUUUUUAAUAUGCCUUACUAAGAAUGACCUUAAAUGAAACAGCAUCCUGCAUCCAUCAAACUGCACUUAACCAAAAGCAACAAGCAAACAGAUGCUAAGUCCUCAGCCUUUUAGUUUCAAGCAGUACAUAUUUAGGAGACUUACUUUAGAUGGCUAUUACUAUUGGAAUGGCAGCACUCAAAAAUAGCAAUAGAUUCUCUUGGCACAGCUAGGCAGUGCGAGUUGGCCCAUCCCUUAGGGGUGAAAACCUGAAGUUAUGGCAACAAAAGAAGCAAGGAGCACAAAAGAAGCAAAGAGAAGAUCUGUUUCUUAAAAGGAGUCCAAAUUGCAGCAUGGCUUUCCAGAGCAUUAGCCUGAAACCUGCUUUUGCUGUUCUGCUCUGAGAGUAUUCCUAGUUAGGGCUAGCUUUUGGUUUUUGCACCAUGCCAAUGUCAUCCUUGUCUUACAUGGUUGGUUUUUAAACAGCUGAUUUCUAGUGUUUACACAUAACCAAAAGGUUCAUUUUAAACAGUACUGUAACACCUUCUGUCAUGAACAGGCAUCCUGCAUUUCCAGGCUCAUGUAAAGCUGGGUGUAGUGUAACACGCCGUGGAACUCGAGGAUUCUCUCUCUUGUGUUCAUAUUACCCUGCCAGAAUAUUUCAGUUGUCAAGAAUAAACAUGGGAACAUCAGGAAAUGCUGAUAUCAUCUGCUUCAAAUUAACAAAGAAAGAAAACGGGAUCCAGCCCUUUGUCUCUGCUGUUGUUUCAGAUCAUUUCUAACCAGCUACUCAAAGAGAGCUGGGCUGGAGGUGGGAGCCUCAUCUCUCUGCCUGAUCAUUUGUCAGCACUGCAGCCUUUGCAAAGUCAUUUCUGCUCACUGCAGCAUUUGCAAAGUCAUUUCUGCCCUGGUGGCUACUGUGGGGCUGACCGAGGCCCUGCAGCUGUCCGAGGCCCUGCAGCAGAGCGAGAGCAAAGCAGAGCUCGGAGGAAACAGGUCAGCUGGACAGAAAGUGUUCUGAAAGGGUUGGGAAGGCCUCAGUGAGAGCAUAUGAAAUCCUAAAGGCAUUUCUGCAGCUUCUGUGGAGCUCCCACCUUGUGCUGAGUGCUGCUUUGGGCCCAGGCAGCAAGGAGGCAGCAAACUUGCCUCUGCAGUUUUAUUUUUACCUUUUGAGCAGGGUCAGCACAAGGAACUGUGCAUAAAAAAGCAAGUCAGGUGUCAGGCAGUACCUGAGGAGUCCUCUGGAAGGCGUUUCCUAGGAACAGCAAAGGGAGAACAAAAAUACUUCUUUAGAAAAAGAAACUGGGGCAUGGCACAGGAGAGCUGCUCCUGGUCCAUCAGGGCUUUCAGGUUCUGACUUCUCAGACAAGCACUGUCCCAUGCCCAGAUGACAAAGUCUGUCUCUGGUGGCUUUUUCUGUGGUUAUGGAAAUGAGACUUGUGAAAGCAAACCAAAAUGCUGUGCGUGUUGCUGCAGUCCAUGGAAUCAGUCUGUCAGUCGGGUGCCUUAUUUGUUCUUGCAUUCGUUCCCAGGUUUUAUGUUGAUCCAAACCCAAGGAGCAAUAAACAGUGUAUUGAGCAUUGUACUUGUAAAGCUGCUGGGGGCAGCAUCCAGUGUUAGUAAAGGUAAAACCACUGACAUUUAAAGCAGACCUUCCUGUUCAAAUAAAAGUAACGUGGUUAA